AUGCCUCCAACUACUGCACUCAAAAAGGAUACCAUGCGUAAAUCAUGCUCAGAUUCAGCUUCUGCCAAUAAACCGGCUCCUGUAGUCGCUCCAUUGAAGCGACGUUCACUUGGUUCGGUUAAACCACCACCAACAUCAUCACCUAAUACAACAUCACCACCUUCACAAAUGAAAAAGAACGACAAGGGAGCUGCUGUAUGGCGUGCACCAGGUCAUUGUGAAAUUCCAGACAUCCUUGGAAAAGCCUACCUGCUUCAACCACUCACCCAACAAGAUCCACCCAAGGAAGCUAAAAAGAAACCAGAGCCAGCUCCACCCACAAGACCUCCUUGGAUUAAUGCCCGCUGUCAUGCCGACUGGUCUCCACCACCACCAGCACCUAUUGUCAAGCAUGAAGAAUCGACUUUUUCAAAACGCCUCAAGAAAGCGAUUCCCAAGAUUGUAUUGAUCGAUCUCCCCAAGCAUCGUUAUGUUGGAUCCAAAGAGAUUGGUACAGGGGUGAAUGGCUCUGUUGUCCAAGUGGGUGUUCGUGGUUCAGGUGGUGUACGACUUGCAUUAAAGCGCUGCAAGCUUGACAAUGAUCGGGAAUACCGUGCCGCCAUUGUACGUGAACUUAAAAUCAUGGCGAGUGGUCACACAAACCUUAUCAAAUUACGUGAAGCGUCCGUUCACAAGAAUGAGGUUUGGAUUGCCAUGGAUUUGAUGAAAUGUAGCGUGUUUGCAGUCUUGUGUUGCCGUGCAUUGCCUGAAGAAUAUGCGAUCUACAUCAUAAGACAGACCCUAAACGCAUUGUUAUUCCUACACGCCAAAGGCUUUAUUCAUCGCGACAUCAAAUGUGAAAAUCUUUUGAUUGGCAAUAACGGCGAAAUUAAGCUUGCUGAUUUUGGUCUUGCAACAAGCACCCGCCAUAUGAACCGGGAAAGAUUGGGAACUGCCAAGUGGAUGGCUCCUGAAGUGAUUCGAGAACAGGCUUACAGUGAAAAAGUGGAUUUGUGGUCGUUGGGUAUUACAUUGAUUGAAAUGAUGGAUCGCGUCCCUCCACAUUAUGCAACCAAAGAUGACGAAGAAGUCUUUGACAAGAUUCUCCAAGAGCCAAGCCCAACGUUUACAUAUAGCUAUCCUACCAUCUAUUGCACAGGGCUUGUAGCCUGGUUACUUGAAGAGAGUCCAGAAAAUCGUCCCACAGCCAAAGAUGUCAUUGCUGAACUCGAUUUGCAUAUUGAGCAGAAUUUGCUAAAGUCAUCGGAUGCACAAGGACUGGCUUCCUUUGUGCACAAGAUGAUGGCUUAA